UUCCCUUCUUUUAAAGAUAAAAGAUAUUGCAGUACUUGGGAACCUCCUGCAUAGCGACAAAGCUGGCUUGCUCUUGCCUGGACGACACUCUGUCGUUAUUAAGGGCACAGCGCUCAUCUCUCGGUCCUUCGUGUGUGUGAAGAUGCUGUGGCUGGGAGUGAUCGUCUUCGCCAUUUGCACAGUGGACGGGCAAAGCAAUUGCAGAAGCCGAAACGACUGCCCAGGCUACCUCGAACUCGCCCGACGGAAGACCGACCCUUCGCUGCAGCUGUUCUUCGCCACAGGACUAGGCAAAGAGUUGCUGAAGUUCACCAACAGAUGCUGCAAAUCCUCUCUGUUCCCGACUGAGGAAGAAUGCGGCAUCGCUGAACCGUCAGGUCCUGUUAACGACCUCCAGCGGCGUGGCGCAUGGCCUUGGCUCGCAGCCCUCAGUCCCCAUCCCGGCAACAAAUUUUCAGUGAUUUGCGGCGGAACGCUAAUUAAUCGGCGCCAUGUUCUGACUGCGGCGCAGUGCUUGGUGUUACCAAACAGUGAAAAUCCGAAAUACGCCCGCCUUGGUGAGUACGACUUGAAUGUCGAGGACGACGCCAAGUACAUUGAGCUCGGCUUCGCGCGGUUCGAGGAAGCGGGGUUCGUUAACCGAGACAUCGCCGUCAUCACUCUGGACUCUGAUGUCGAGUUUAAUGAUUUCAUACGACCAGCCUGCCUUCCCUUCAACUACGAGGACGCGGACUUCGUGAACCAGCACCUCGCCGUCGUUGGCUAUGGGCGCACUUCGGGUGGCAGAUCAUCUCGAGUACCAGUGGCAGCAGUGGUUCCGGUGGUUGACUUGGCUACAUGCAAACAAAAGUAUCUUAAUAGUAAACGAAUCACGGACGCUGUCAUAUGUGCAGGUGAAAACGAGGCAUGCGUGGGUGACGGCGGGUCGCCGCUCAACUACUUCGACGUCAACACCAACAGGUUCUACGUGGUUGGCAUCGCGGCGUUUGGGUCGAGUGCCUGCGGUGAAUCAGAUGUUCCGAGCGGCUACACGCGCGUCGGAGCCUACCUAGGCUGGAUUAAUGACACCAUCAGCAAUGAUGAAGUUUGAAACAGCUGGAGUCCCUUCCAGUAUUUGGAAAUUAAUUUAGAAAUAAGUUGUAUUUUAUCGGCUUUUCUUUUCUCCCUCGUAUUUCACAACUGGUGAAUAUUUUUUUCUGAUUUGGUAAACCAAGAUUCUGCUUUCCCAUGGGAACUGCAAGAAUCUUUCGCAAAAGUUGCUAUGGUCAGGAACUUAUAUGAUUAAAUAAAUACUAGUUUAA